AUGGCAGCAAUCUCUUCCUUCUUCAGACAGUCAGCCUGGAUCCCCACACCUGAGCUGACUGAGAAGAAUCUGCCCAACCAAGCUGGACGCGUGUUCAUCGUCACCGGCGGCUAUGCAGGAAUCGGUUACGAGCUCAGCAAGAUCUUGUAUCAGCAUGAUGGCACUGUAUACGUUGCUGGACGUUCUGAAGAGAAGGGAAAUAAAGCUAUCUCAGAGAUUCGCGAUGCUGUGCCUAAUUCGAAAGGCAAGAUUGUGUUCAUGCAUGUUGACCUGGCCGACUUGACUACCAUCAAGCCUGGUGUUGAGAAGUUUUUGGCUCAAGAGUCUCGUCUGGAUGUGUUGACCAACAACGCUGGCGGCUCCAAAACUGCCCAGGGCUAUGAGCUCCAGAUGGGCACAAACGUGCUUGGCUCCUUCUUGCUCACCAAGCUUCUACUUCCCAUAAUUGAGAAGACGGCCGCCUCUUCUCCUGCAGGGUCGGUCCGAGUAACCUUCGCCGGAUCUCUUGCUGUCGACCUCAUGUCGCCAACUGGCGGUGUAGCUUGGACAGAUGGUGAGCCUACCGUCCAUGGGUUGCAACAAACCAAUUACGGUCAGUCGAAGGCUGGAAACGCGCUCCUGGCCAGCGCUUUGCGUCGUCGAUUCGAAAAGUCUGGUGUCAUCUCCAACGCAUGGAACCCGGGAAACCUCAAAUCAGAGCUCCAGAGACACACACCGAGCGUACAAGCCGCCUUGAUCAAUAUGAUCACCUAUCCAGUUCAGCUCGGCGCCUAUACCGAGCUUUUCGCUGGCUGGGGUGAGNNGGAAGCUGGACGUUCUGAGAACGCUGGCAAGUUCGUCAUUCCAUGGGGUCGAUUUGGUCCCGUGCGUUCAGAUGUCGCUGAGGCGAUGCAGAACGGCGGUGAUGAGAAGCUUUGGGAGUGGUGUGAGAAAGCUUCCGCACAGUAUGCCUGA